AGACAUGAAGAAAACGUGAAUCAGUAUAACCCGGCAACCGUAUUUGUUUCAGAGAACAGAACGUCAGAUAUAACCCAGUCUGAUGGCAUUGAAGGGAGGCUACGAAAGAAGCUGUUUGGUUCUGGAUAUGAUCCUGAAUUGAGACCCGUUAUGAACCAAAGCGACAAGGUCACUGUUACGCUUGGAGUCUCUUUGCAUCAAAUUAUCGAAGUGGUAAGCCGCGGCAAAUACUCAUUCAUUUGUAAUGUCAUCCUAACCCGGCCCACGGUGUUUUCCAGGUACGCUGCAAUGCGGAUGGCAAAAGACGGAAGUUUUUACCCAUUAAGAUUUUUUCACUGUUCCCCCUGGCUGUGUUUGGACUGAAGGACAUAAAAAAAUUAUUUAUUUUUGUCACUUUUGAGCUUAGUUAUGCGUCUCAACAGAUAUGAAUCAUUAUAUAGUGUACCGCCUUGUUGGCAUCUUUAGUUGUAUUAAUCUUAGUUGCGGGCGACAAGAGGAGCCCGCAAACCUAAUCUCCCGGUUGUUAUUACGCAUGCGUCGCAUGUAUGUAGACUUAGACAGCAUUUAUUUGUACUUCCACUAAGAAUGAAUGGAAUACACAGAACGCACGUGUAGACCUUCUAUUACUCGUAAUCUGAUCACGCGUGUUUUGACUAUCUGUCACGUAAAACUUACGCAAAGUGCAGUGAUGGAGCAAAAGCGUUUUGACCUUCGAUCGUUGUCGCCCGCACUCCAUAGUUUUGUCAUCCUCGGAGACCCAGGGGCAGUUAGUCGGGUCGAUAAAAUGUUCGUGGUGAAAGUUUACUGGGCACUUACUCUUACCGAACCAGUUCCAGAAGCGUUUGAAUUGCCUGCUUCUGAUUGGCCAGAAAAAAUUUUUUCUGGCCAAUCAGCGAAGAAAAGCUGCCGGGUGACUCUCGUGUUUUCUUACACGACGUAGUUUUCCUCAUCGAUCGCCAUAGUUGCGUAGCGCGUUCAACGGGGAAAGUUUCUCGAGGAAAGUUUCAGAACAAAAUGUUAACAACCCGCAAAAAUUACAACCUUAAGCACGGCUACAAGAAACAAACACUCUCCGAUGAAUUUUUAGGGCGGAUCUUUCCAAGGUAUCGUAAAUUUUUAUCGCUGAUACGAUACGCGAUGCAUGACUUUCACUUUCCACUCCUUAAUUAAUUUGCUCACACUGUCUAGUAUACAACGCCAAGCUUACAUUUUAGAUGUCCAUGUUCGUUGCACGCCUUCUGAAACUUUCUGCAGCGUGAAAAUUUCCGUUGCACGGGCCACGCAACUACGUCGAUUGAUCCUGGGAAAUGCCGGCUAGUUUCAGUGCCUUCUUCUUGCUUCCGCUCCAAACUCCUUUCGAAACUUUUAAGCUUUAACCAUACGAAUUCUGCCGAAGUUGAUAGUAGUGUUAACUUAAGAUUCGAGGGAGACCUCCAGCAAGCGCUUGGAGAAGGCUUGUCUUUGUUUCCUGUGGUACAGUUCAAAGCGAAGCAAAGAUUUAUUAUUGAGAAGAUUGUGGAAAUAAGAGAUGUUUUUGGGCAAUUGAUAGAGGAGUCUAACCUUCCAAAUGUUGCCUAUAAGCUAGGGGGUUUAAAAAUCGUUUGAUGCUAAAGGUUGUGAAUUCCCUAGUAAUCCACUGGUCACAGUGACUUCACCUCUCAUGUCAGUUGUUGAGGGACAGGUAAAGUACUCGAGGUCACUAGGAAUUCAGGCUGCUUACUUAGGGGAAAGCAAAACGAAAGAUCCAGAAAUAUUGAAUGGAUUGGGAGUGUUUUCUUUGUUGUACGGAAGCCUGGAAUCAUUAAUUGGGGACAAGAAAUUCAGGGCAAUGUUCUCUAAGGAGUUUUACCAGAAGAAUCCUGUUGCAGGUACAUACCGCUGUUCAUUGGUAAGUAUGCUGAUUUGUUUACUAGUAAGGGUGCUACACUGAAUUCAUUGUGGGGAGUUCUGAAGGGGUAAAAUGGGAUGUUGUUGCUCUGGGAAAAUGGGAUUUAAGUCACUGGCAGGGGGAUUCUAUCACUGAGAAUGGGAAAAAAUGUAAAAAAUGGGAAUUGAGGGUUAAACAGUUUCAAUGGAACUGAUAUCCCCCCUUCAGGACCCUCAUUAUACUUAACAGUAGAUCUGGCUUUUAUUCAAGGAUGCUCAGUAAUGUUAUGUCUAAAAGCUGACAGACACUUCACAAGUCUAGAAUUAUCAUGUUUUUUGUCACCAUUUAUUGACAAUUGAAAGCUGAUGAAGUAAGCCUUGUGACUACUUAAGAUAAUGGUGCAAUUGAAUAUUUACCUACUAUAAAUGGAAAAACAUCCCAUAAUACAGAACUACAGAUGCCAUUACAUUAAUUUUAUUUCUAAGCUGUUCAGAUUUUUUUGUUACUUUAUCAGUAAUGGAGUUCACAUGUCUUGUUAUAAUACUGCUUGAGUUAUGUAAAUACUAGGGAGCUGUAAUAUUUUAUUUUAUUAUAUGGCCAUGUCUCAAAAGGACUGGAAACAAACAAAUUCAAGAAUUUGAUUGGCUAAAAUCGAUCUUGACUGCGGUCUAGAUUUUCCCAUCUAGACCGGCAUCUAGACCGAUGUUCUUGUAACAGUUGCAAAAAAUUGGCUUGUUCCUGUUAAUAAUACUAAAUGGAAGAAUGAGUGGACCUUCAUGAGGAAGCAGGUAAAGAAAAUGAGCAAACGUUGGCAAAUUUGAGUCCCGCCAAGGAAGCUACGAGCAAAGAUGAAGUCGAAAUUGAGAUAUUUUUGCAUGAGCAGAAAAAAAAAACAAAAACACUCAAUACAAGACUAAAAGCGAUUUAAACGCAUGGAAGAAAUUUUGCGAGUCACUGAAAGAGUCUAGAGCAAUAUUAUUGAAAACAUACCUGCCAAUGAACUCGACCUUCUUCUGUCCAAAUUUUUCAUCUCCGUUCGUAAACAAAAUGGCACUGAGAACGAGCCCGCUACAAAGACGCGUUUGCUGCAGCCAAACUCAAUGACACAAACAAGAAGAAGUUUUCUAAUCACUCUGUUAGAAAGACCAGUGCUGGACGACUUCUCGAAGCAGACGUUCAGUCAAACGUCGUUGCACAACUAAGUGGUCACAAAAAUUUUAAAAGCCUCGACAGCUACAAUACAGCAUCUCUGAAGUGACAGCGAGAAAUGUCUGCUAUCCUGAAUUGUGAGCCAGGUACAUCCGCUCAGUCCGAAAAAAACCAAGUCACUACCUCCCACUACAACACAGCAAAAUGUCUUCACAGUCCAACAAAAGUCCAGCCUCAGGCAAUUUUUGCCGGAGCGCAAUAUUGACAAGUUCGAAGGCUGCACAUUUAACAUCAACGUUUUCUGUGGUGAUCAGUCGAAGAUCGCAAGGCUGAAUGAGAACUGAUCGCUGAGCGAUCGAGGCACAAACAGGCAUUACUUACAUUGCAGUUACACUUUUGGUCACUUUUCAUAAAUUGUUGUUUCAACUACAAGCUUUUUCAUUGAGCCUGUAUGAACAAUUUUGUCUUCAUUCAUUGACGAAGUUUGCUUUGAACAGCUAUUUUUGUCCCGUUUGGACUGGAGACUAGUGACAAAAGAAAGCCAGCUGAAUGCUUGAGCCCUGCUUGAGCCCGAGCAGGGACUCGCAAAUAAAAUUAUUUAUGUUUUUAUUCCUUUGCUUUCCUGUUUGGCCAUAUAAUAAACAUCUUAUUAACCGAGCUAGGUCGGUCUGUAUGGGAGACUCUUAACCUCGGUCGCUGGUACAGACCUCACUGCGUUCGGUCCGUACUGGCAACCUCGGUCAAGAUUCUCCCAUACAGACCUCGCGCUCGGUUAAUAAGAGCUAAUUAAUUUGUUAAUAAACGUUUACAGUGGGGUAUUUGUUGGUGAUUCUUUCUGUCCCAAAGGGUUUGUUUUACUAGGUGGCCAACAAGUAUACUUAAGUAUAUUAUUUGAAAACUGUCUAGAAAAAUGGGGUGCUCAUUGUAUUCAGGUGUACAUUAUGCAGAAGUAAAUAUGGUAUACCUACACAUAACAUACAAAAGCUGUUUUCCAACACUCUCUGGAAAAAAGGGAACUGUGCUGAAAUUGUCACUUACUGCUUUCGAUAAUUCUAAAAGUCUUUCUUCUUUUAGAUUUUAUUAGGUGUACAACCUACAGAAGAGAAAAAAAUCCUUCCUUUUUUGAUGACAGUAAUGAAAACAGCAGAAUCAUUCCAAGCCACUUAUGUUGCAACAUCAGUGCCAAAGACUGUUAGUCUGCUUGAAGAAAAUCAAGAUGAUCUGAGACAGGAAUUUCAAGAAUCAAAUCUUCAGUUCUUGUAUUCUAGAAUUUGCAUUCUCUGAUUGUCUUCUACAGGAAACAAUAUUAUUGAUAAUUACCGGGGCCUAGCCUAAGGCUGGCACCGGUCAUAAAAUGCAACGCGUUUCUGUGUUUUCAAAGUUACAUUGUUAGGGAUAUAUCGCUGACUGAGAUACAUCGCUGGCUCGUUACUUUCGUUAAAAUCUUAUCCGCCAUUUUGAAAAGCACGAGUCGAGGUAUGGAGGAGAGUCAAGGGAAAGAUUAUAGCUUUUUGGACGACACGUUUCCCAGCCUUUACGAUGUACUAGUUUAUGAGCAAAAACUUGAGAUUGAAUAUUUGGAGACAAAUUUACGAGCGAUCGCUUAAGAGUGAACCUUCCAUCGUGAAACUUAUCGAGAAAAUAGGCGACUUAUCAAAGUUAUCUACAUUCAGUGAACCUUCCAUCAUGAAAUUUAUCGAGAAUCAGUGCGAACACUUGUCAAAGCUAACUUUAUAUCAUCUUAGAAAACGUGCUACAAGGCGAACUAGACGUGCUCGUGAACCGAGCAGAAUUCCACUGCUAUUUCUAAGAGGUCUCAAUAACAAGAAUAGCAUGUUGAAGAAAUUUGUCUUCAAAAAGAUUUCAACGAUUCACAUACCGAAGUCUUCAAAGCUGCAUCGCUAUGUUAAUAAGGCGAGAAAACUUUAUCAUGCACGAUAUAAAUGUAAUAACAAACGGGAUCCAAAGAUAAUUAACUUCAAUAAAAUGGCUAUACCCAAGAAAGCUUAUUUGUUGUCUUUCUAUACUAGCAGACAGUAUCACAGGAUAAUGAAACUAAAAUGUAAAGCACGUCGAUAUUUAUCAUUGUUUGUCUUGCAAUUGUGUGAGUCAUAUGACCAAUUAUGUGAAUUUCAAACUAAGUUAAGAUGUUGAGAAGAAUCCAGGACCUACUCAAUACAUCACUGAUCAUCAUGAAGUAAUAAUUUAUUAGAUCUUUUAUGCAAUAUCACAGCUCAACAAUGCGGUUGAUCUCUCCUAUUUCCUCUGAGAAUUUGAUGCAGUCAAGAUUAGGUGAACUUGGUUUACAAUCAAUAGAUGUUGACGGUGCAGGUGAUUGACAAAAGUGGCCCCGGUCAAUUUCACGUAGUGAUUCGUGUUGUAAUAAAUAAUGUUCUGUGGAAAGUGUUUUAGAGACACUGUGUGGAAUGGUGACCAUGCAAUGAAGAUUUUUACCUUUCUGAAGAGGGUGUUUAAAGAAUUAAAAAUAAUUAUCAAAGAAGAAUAUUGUCAGAUGAGGAGAAUGAUGAUAGGGAAGUUAUGAAAUAUCAAACAAAUGCACCAAAGGAAAAUUGUUAAUAUUGCAGCAUUAUUCUUUCAAAAUAAGUCCAAUCUUGUACCAUCAAUUUAUUGCAAGGGAGUUAAAACAAUGGCACUGUGGAUGUGUUUGAAGGGGAAACAUCAAGCCAAUCAUAGAUAAAUAAUUUGGCAAAAGAUCACAUAUUAUAUGAAAUUACUUUUAUACAUGUAAUUGUGAAAAGAUAUCUUGUAAUAAUAAUUCAUUUCUACUAUAUUAGCCAUAAUGCUAAUCACAGUGAAGAUUAACCCACAAUGGUUCUCUUAUGCGGUUAAGUAAGCCAGAGACCCAGGCCCUUGAAAUCAAGAGCUGAAGUUGGAUCUUUGGAGAGUGUCCUUAUUCCUUGGUCUCUUCUCCCUGGAAUUUCCUUAAGAGCGUUCACUUCUUGUAAAGUUUUAGUGAGUACAAAAAUAUCUAUAUAGACAUCCCACCCUUCCACGAUUUCACAACUCUAUACCUACACGUGUCACACACUGCGCGUUUAUCGCCCUCCAAAACACUCACACCAACCACUUUCAAACAUUUUCGCAAACUCAACUUUAUUUUUUUUUCUUCGUUUAUCCAUAAAACAAACGCACACAACCUACAAAAAUCGACCUCACUUAACAAGUCAGGAUUCAGCACAUAAUCGGACCGAGACUUUCGAACUAAACACAACGGCUGUAAUUAAAAUACGUACUGGUACGUAGGGUUCGUGCGCUGAAGCAAGCUAGCCAUUCCCACGAUCAAUCGACGUAGUUGCGUGGCCCGUGCAACGGAAAUUUUCACGCUGUAGAAAGUUUCAGAAGGCGUGCAACGAACAUGGACAUCUAAAAUGUAAGCCUGGCGUUGUAUACCAGACAAUGUGAGCAAAUUAAGGUGUGGAAUAAAAGUGGAAGUCAUGCAUCGCGUAUCGUAUCAUCAAGAAAAAUUUACGAUACCUUGAAAAGAUCCGCCCUUAAAAUUCAUCGCAGAGUGUUUGUUUUUGUAGCCGUGCUAAAGGUUGUAAUUUUUGCGGGUUGUUAACAUUUUGUUCUGAAACUUUCCUCGAGAAACUUUCCCCGUUGAACGCGCUGCGCAACUAUGGCGAUCGAUGAGGAAAACUACGUCGUGUAAGAAAACACGAGAGUCACCCGGCAGCUUCUCUUCGCUGAUUGGCCAGAAAAGAUUUUUUCUGGCCAAUCAGAAGCAGGCAAUUCAAACGCUUCUGGAACUAGUUCGGUAGGGGUAAGUGCCCAGGAGCUCGUCUCCAUCUUACAGUAAACUUUCACCACGAACAUUUUAUCGACCCGACUAACUGCCCCUGGGUCUCCGAGGAUGUAGUUUUGUAUUCCACAGUUUUGGGGUAAUAAAGGAGAAAGCUCGCUCCCCAUAUGUUUUAAGAUGGCAGCGGGGCUGUACCAGUAGUUCUUUAUCAGACGAACGUAACGUCCUUGAUGGUCUAUAGUGAAUUAAGAGGUCACUUAGAUAGGCAUCGGGCAUAGUUGAUUAAGACAUUUAAAAGUCAGUAAAAUUUUAAAGUAAGCUCAUGAACGGGUAACCAAUGCAGAUCUCUUAGCACAGGUGUAAUAUGCUCGUGUUUACGUGAACCUGUUAGAAGUCGGGCUGCUGAAUUCUGGACGUACUGGAGUUUUCGGACUUGAUCCUGCCUAAAACCUCAGAGUAGUAUAUUAUAGUGGUCAAUCUUGGAUGUUACGAAUGCGUGGAUCAAAGUUUCACAAUGAAGGAAAGAGAUGUGUUCACUGAUUUGAGCAAUGUUGCGUAGGUGGUAGAAAGCAGACUGGCAUAUGCUGUUUAUUUGUUUGUCCAUAGACAUGACAGUGUCGAACCACGCACCGAUGUUCUUUGCUGAGUUCUAUGAGUAGAUCAAACCUGAGCAAACAAGAAUAGAUUCUAGUGGGGGUUGUGGUCUAUACCGGGCGAGCAAAACAAGGAGCUCAGUUUUGUCGUGAUUGAGCAUCAACUUAUUGGGUGACAUCCAAUUAUUAACAUCGUGAAUGCAUGACUCAAUGCGCAGUUUCCCUUAGUUGGUUCGCCAGCAGCACUUGGCUUGAAAGACAAAUAAAUUUGGUUAUCAUCAACAUAAAAAUGAUGGUUCAUGUUGUGUUUACUGAUGAUGAGAGAUGAGGUGUACAUGGAAUACAGGAUGGGAGCCAGCACUGAGCCCUGGGGAACACCGCAAAGGAGAUUCCGGUUUGAUGAGCGCUCAGUCCCGAUCUUCACGAACUGGGUCCUCUCGGAAAAAUAAGGCUGUAUCCAACCUAAGGCUUUUCCAGUUAUUCCGAAACGAUGUUUUAGCCUAGUAAUUAGAAUGUGAUGUUCUACCGUGUCGAACGCCGCUGAGAGGUCUAGUAACACAAAUAUAACACAUUCUCCGUCGUCAAUGGCACGUAUAAUGUCAUUGUGUAUCGCCUAAGCGCUGUUUCAGUGCCAUUUGCGUUCCAGUUUCUUUCUUUUAGGUUUUUCAAGUCUGAUGUGAUCCGAGUACCAAGGUGUAGCAGAUCUGAGAGUUACGAUACGUGACUUAGCCGGAGCAUACUUGUCAAGUAGUGACCGCAGUGUGUUAGUGUAACAGUCAGUAAGUACUGACACAUCUGUAUAAUUAUGAUUCGUCAGCGUCGAAUUCAUGAUAUCCUGAAUAAAGAGGCCACUAUCCAGCGAGCGCAGUUUUCGGUAUGUAAUUGUCCUUCUGUCAAAGCUCGGUUUAACCAAACACAAAGUUUCACUGUGUACAGCACAAUGAUCAGAUAUGGCAGGAUCUGAUUCUCUAACAUAACGCACAGGUUCUUUUAUAAGUAAAUUGACCAGAAUGUCAGUAAUUCUAAUCUGUUAAAUGAUUUUCAGAACGAGAAGAACCAGUUUAUAACAGUCAGUCUCUGGGUUCGUCAGGUAUUCAAACGUUCUUUCUUUUUUUUGGAACCAUUGUAUUGCAGAAAAGAUAUCUCUCUCAUUUAGUGUUUGCGUGUACAGGAUUAAAAACUCCUGGGAUUCAGAAUCUUUUCCCGAUGCCAUGUUUAUUUUAAAGUGACAAUGAAAAUGAAAGCGAGAAAAUGACUUUAAAAUGAAUAUUAUUUAAAAUAUUGCCUCACUUGUGUUUCUAGAUUUGGUUCGAUCCGUUUUUAACCUGGAACGAGUCAGAAUACGCAGGAAUAAAACAAAUCAACAUCGACGCUAAAAGUGCGUGGAUACCUGAUAUUUAUCUGUACAACAAGUAAGUCACUAUUUUGUAGACGCCGGCCGCAAUCAUUUGUUCACUUACACGUCAGGUACUCCGCAGGAUCUGAAGUGAAUAAUUGCUUGCCUUGUUGGUUGAUAGUGCUGACGCACAGAAUGAUGGUGCACUGGACAGAUUUAAAACCAAGAUUGUUCUCAGUUCAAAUGGAAGGAACAUGUGGCUCGGACCAGUACUCCUCACUUUCUCAUGCAAGAUUAAUGUCAACUUUUUCCCCUUUGAUGAACAGGUGAGCAUAGCUACCAGUAGGUGGGAGGAUAUAAGCUAUAUGUGUCAAGGUUAGCCGGAUUCCAAACAGUUUAGUCUGGCGCGGGGUAAAUAAAUUAGACUAUUCAGUUUGGUCCAAGGACAGGUUUCACCCAAGCAAAUUGUAUUAUCUGACACUCACAACAGACAUAUACCUAAGCUCCAAGUUCUUAAAUGCCGUACUGCCCUUGCUCAGAACUCUUUUAUGUAUAGCGCUACCACCUUUUGGAACUCGUUGUCUAGCAACAUUCACAUCUCGCCUUCGAUUUUCCUUUCACAGUUUAAAUCUUCGCUAAAACAUUUCUUGUUGGAAAAGUGGCUUGUCAGGGUUGAUAAAUUCUACAUAUGUUUGAUUCCAUUUUAGCCAGAUAUUUUUAUUAUCUCAUGUUUAAUAAAAAAAUUUAAAAUCUUAUUGUAAUGUUUCUAGUUGUAAAUACGCUGUAAAAUGAUUCUGAAAACUUCUCCGUGGAGGGUCAAUGAAUUCAUUUGUUAUUUGUAUUUAUUGAAUAUAUAUAGAUUAUAAUUUCUGGUUAAUGGCUGUUCGUUGGGAUAUGGUGUUUACUCCAGAAGGGUGGCAAAAUGCAAGUGAACAUGGUCUGAUUCGAGGGUCCCGGCGGUACACGCCUAGCCAAUGAUUCAUACAGCACUCUCUUCCGACAGUCUUGGUGCAGUUUGAAGGGUCAUAAAGAAGACUUAAAAUCGGGAAGAUGUGUUUAAUCUAUUUAAGCUCACACUUAACGCAGUAAUGAAUUCAUUUAAAAUCUAAUUUAGUUGUGCUCCAUGAAGUUUGGCUCUUGGACAUAUGAUGGUUACAGAGUUGAUGUACAAAUGGAGAAUGACGAAGGUGACAUUAAAAAGUUUAUCAGCAAUGGCGAGUGGGAUCUGAUAACAAUGAAAGUACAAAGAAAUGAGUUUAUUUACGUCUGUUGUCCUGAACCUUACCCGGAUGUGACCUACACAGUCCAGAUAAGGAGGCGCACAAUGUAUUACUUCAUGAACUUGAUAAUUCCAUGUGCGCUAAUUACGUGUAAGUGUUAGUAUAUUAAUGUUUUUACACACUUAUACUGAAUGCUAGUGGAUUGUUGGCUCUAUGCGCGGAUAACGUGUGAGAGGUGAUACACUGACAUAAUUACGCGCUAAAAACGUGUAAGUAGCAGUACAUUGAUGUUUUCAUGCGCCGACAACGUGUGAAUGGUAAGAAGGUUAAAUUUGGAGGUUUUAUUGCAAUACUUGAUGACAAAAUGUUUUUCCUAUAAAAAGUUACGCAUUCAUUCGGGUUUUACAAAAGAAACGAUCGUUCACAGUGAAAUUUGAUUACUAGAUCAUUAAUGCAAAGAAUAAGGUUAAAUGUACUCAUCUGUCUAACAAAAAAAGACUUAUUUCGAAAGAAAACAAAAACAACAAAACUAAACAAAAAAUGCAGUCUCUGAACAAAUCUUUAAAAGGCUUCGGGCUUCAACUGCAGCCUCAAUCACUAUGUAACCACGCAGGGUCGUGGUUUGAACUUAUCUGGUCUCCAAUGAGAGGCCAUUGUAAUUACAGCAUGCUGUCCAUGACAAAAUGACAGCUCCGCCGUCUUAUAUCUCGUGUUAUAGCGAGCGUCUCACUACAGAUUUUCUGUACAGAUACGUUUUUAUUUUUUCUUAUGGAUCAUUUGAUAUUUCCCUCUCUCCCUUUUUUUUUCCUAUUUUAGCCCUGACUCUGUUGUCGUUCUUUCUCCCUCCUGAUUCUGGUGAACGCAUUACACUGGUGAUAACCAGUUUGUUGGCUAUGACUGUGUUCAUGCUGAUAGUGGCCGAAAUCAUGCCUGCCACUUCGGAGGUCGUCCCACUGAUUAGUAUUUACUACACUGGAAUCAUGUUCGAGGUAACUUAAGUACGAGCCAAUAACAUAACCUCGUCGCCGUCAUGUAACCUCACUGUAAAACGUGUUAUCAGGCCCUGGCUACAUCAAACUCAACUGGUGGAAGACCAGGGGCAUGUAACACUGAACCAAACCUCUCAGCAGCUCUUCCCUUAUCUUCAUUCAUUCAUUCGUUCGCUCGUUCGUUCAUUCCUUUAUUCAUUCAUUCGAUCAUUCAUCCACUCACUCGCUCAUUCUUUACUCAUUCCUUCCACUAGCGCUAUAAUAUUCCAUGAAUGAAUUUAAUAUUCGAAAGUUAAAUCUUUUGGGUAAUUGUAGAUUUCCGAUUCAUCUCUGCAUUCUACAUGCGCUGAAUGAGCAUUGAAUUCACACGCGAGACAGCGAUAAAACUUCUACCUGCUCAGUUUUCUUGAAUUUGAUGAAAAUGUCUUCUUCAAAUGUUUUUUAUCGUACAAAAUUCACCGCUCAUUACACAUGUAGGAACACAAAUUUGAAUUUGAUUCUGCUUGCGGUAACGACUAAUGCACCUAUCAAUGUAAACCCCGUGAGGGGGGAGUGCGGGCAAUGGGUGGGGAUUUGACAAAUUUUGAAAUUUUUUGAUCGAAUUCCCCAGGGCGGGAAACGAAAGGUUGAUCAAAAGUGUCAAAAAAGCCCCCACCCCAGGGAAAAAAUCUAAACAAACAAUACUAUAACACUAUAUAAAACAAAUUAAAAGAACAUUUCAAAAGUGCGUUCUUACUACUUUUAUUUAUGGUUAACGUAAGCUCCGUUUAAUUACUCGCUGUAAUUAAGUAUUUUCUCUCUCCACUAGCAUCUCCUAUUUUGAACAACAAAAUCACUCCAGGAAGAUUGACUGUGCUAUUAUUGCCCCCGCAGGGUUCCGGCCCAGAGGCCGGAACCCGAGGAGGCACCCUAAUGUCCCUCGCGUAAAGAAGAAGUAUCGUAUCGUCUUACUGUUAGGAUGCAAAACUUUCCCGAUUUGAUGAAACUAGGCGCGCACGGUGGUCCCGGUUAAUUUUCAGCAUGUGCGCCUGGCUCAGCAACCGCGCAAACUGGGUUUGUCAACGAGUCGCAUUCGGAAUCUCCAAAUCCUCGCCCAGGAAGAUUUUCCACCGAAACUCCUCUAGAGCGAGAACGCCGACUUCAAAUUCAGCGUGAACAACGAAGGAGAAGACGUCAACAAGAAACCGCGGAGUAGAAGGAACAUCGAUGAGCACAGCGAAGGCAACGCCGACAACAACAGACAGAGGAACAGGAGAUUGGAAUCAAAGGAAUUAUGAUCGUUUUACACUGUCGAAAACCCAGAUUUCUUAGUUUGCCGGUUUCCCCGCAGAUAUAUAGAUCAAAGUCUGCAAAGUUUCAGCUCCGUAUUACGGCCCGAAUAAUAAUAAUUUUCAGGCGAACUGCACCGGGCCAUAUUUGUUCUUUGUUUUUAUCUUUUUCUAAAUGCGGGCGGCGAAAUAAUGCUAAAUCUGCUUUUCAAUACACUGUUAACAAUAACACUACAUAAUACGCAAAAAGGAAGAAGAAGAAGAAAAGAAAGAACAACGCAUGGACCUUUAACACGAUAUUCGCGGUUGGUCACCCGUCCAGUUCGUAACCCCGACCGACAGGGCUUAACUUGAGUGCCGUUACCAAACCGAGUUUCGCGAAGGUUAUUGCGAGAUACAUAUUUCUAUAGAGUUAAAAAGUUAUUCAGCAGUACUGCAAUUGUUUGGUAUUAAAGAACUUCAUUUGUCGGACACAAAUCAGCAUCGUGGAUCGACAGAACUUUGAACUGGUUUUGUCAACGUGGAUCGACAAACUCGAUUCAAACCACAUCAGGAAUAGCUCAAAUUUUUCAAAACCCAGUCAAAGACAAGAAAGGUGCUAACGUGAAAUAACCGGGUUUUGUUCUAUAUUAAGGUAGUCAGGGUUUAAUAAACAGUGGUCCAUGUGUUUUUAGGGUUAGUUUAUUGCGAAAUGCCGAUUAUUUUAUUUGAUACAAGGACAUGCCAGAAAAAAUGAACUAGGAAAUAUCUCAAAGGUGAGAAACUUGAAACAGUGGCCCAUGUUUUUGUAGGGUUAGUUUAUUGCGAAAUCAUUUAUAUCAGUUGCGUUCGACGUUGCGUUCAAGAAUGUCACACUCGAAGCCAAAGCAUCCGUUCGACACAUUAGUUAUAGGAAAUUUAGUUACAAAUAGAUAAUUAAAGAUGCUUUUGCUGUUUAACACGCGUUCUAUUACAUUUGCAGUGUUGGUUGAACUCAUUAUGAGAUGUAUUAAAAACAAUUGUCCAUCCUAGGCAUGUCAUGUAUGAGGAUUUUCAUUAACCCAGGAAACAAAGUGUAAUAAUUGAGAAAACACAAAAGAGAACAAAAGAAUUACACUCAGAAACUCUAAUACGAAAACUGCAUUUCAAAGGUUCAUGGCAAAUACAUGGACAACCACAAGGAGUCUUCAUUCGGGUUUUAAAAGGUCGGGGGCAGAUUUAGUGACAACUAUAACUAGUGAUAUUAAUGAAACGUAAAAUGUUUUAUAACAUCUGCUCAACAUGUCGGAACAGGUCGGAUCAGUGACCCCGUUAUAAAUUCUCUGACUUUCAUGGUGGAAUUCGAUUUCAAUCGAGUUUUACAAUCAGAUGGGAACUUGAAGAUAAAAUUUUUCUCAAAAUAGACAUUAUUAACUUCAUACCUUUCUCCAACAGCGUGACUUUCAGAAAGCCUCGAGGGACGGACUUGGUAACCGCUUCUGAAUUGAUACCAGGCUUCUGUCGGUCAAAGUCAAAUGUCCCGACCCCGGGGUCGCUUCGCACGAUCAAAAGCCCGACAGGGGGAUAGUCUCAGGCAUCAAAUCCCCGCCCCUUGCCCGCACUCCCCCCUCACGGGAUUUACAUUGAUAGGUGCAUAACGGACUCAUUUUUCAAAUAAUCGAUUCAUUAAUUGAAUCUAUGGGGGUACGCUUGACCUAGUGCGACUGCAAUUCAUUUCACUUCUCUAAUAUAUCUUAUGAUGAAUACAAGUGUGGAAUGAGGCAUCACAUGUUUAUCUUCUUUUUAAUAAAAUAAUCUAUUAUAGGUCGCUCUUUCCUUGAUUGCAACAUGCAUGGUGUUGAAAUGCUACUACAAUAACCCUGCUGUCACAGAAAUGCCCGAAUGGAUAAGAGUUAUCGUCUUAAAUUGGCUCGCAAAAAUUGUUCGCGUCAAAGUUCCAGCAGGACUCAUAAACGCCAUGGAAAAACACGUUCAAGAACAAGAAGAAGUACGAGAGGAAAUUGAGUUCGAGAGACGAAACUCAAUCAUUUCCCAGCCCACUACGCGUCAAAGGUGUUUCAGUUCCCCUGGAGACUUCCAAUCAAAGCCUUGCACCACAAGUUCACCAUAUUGUGUCAGAAGUCGCUCGAGGACGGUAUCGUCAGAGCCAAGAGAAUCUGGUUUUGAAAGGGAGGCCUUGUCGACAACUGGACUUCCUAAGCUAUUUCACAAGUUUGAGAGCAGCUUGCAAUCCAUUGAUGAAGAGGAAACAAAUUCAUGGGCACCGGCGUUGUCUGCACCCAGUAAUGCUGCACAUUCAAUGGAGGUCAUCACGAAAGAGGCACUGCUCAAACAAGACAUACUAUUAAAUAAUGUACGCAGGCUCGUGCAUGUUACGAGAAAAAAAGAAAAGAAUGACAUUAAGAGAGAGGAAUGGAAAAUCGUCGCCUCCAUUGUCGAUGCCUGUUUCUUCUGGCUUUUUAUGGGAGCUCUUCUUAUUUCCACUCUUGUCAUUUUUCUACAGGCUCCAAGUUAUUAA